AUGUUACUUCAUCAGAGACCACUGCUCACCAGUCCUGCCCUGGAGGUUUGCUGCGGCAUCUGCAUGUUUGUAGUUACCGAAGUUGCUGUUCGAAGGUGUUUGACUGAGUCUUUUGUGAUGGGGUGGAUGCUCUGUGAGGUCCGAACAGUGCCUGUCCUGCCCUCCACUCUCUCAGGGACCUGUGAUUAUCCGAGGCCUGACUGCUUGAUGUCUUGUUCCAUAGGAAAGGACAGCCUACCGAUCCCUGUCACCCCAACCCCGGAGUCAUUUCCUCGUGGCAAGUUGUCACCGAUGUCACCAACAUGGCCUUUCUCGGAAGUCCAGUCGUCCUCAGCAGCGGACAGAACAAAGGCUGUGUUGGGACCAUCCCCUGACAACACAAGCUGGCCACAGUCUGCACGAACGCCUCUGCUCAAGACCCACCGGAGAGCCCGGGCUCACGGGGCCUUCCCUUCCUCCCCUUACCAAGAAGGUGGGCGCAGCGCCUCCCUCGAGCCUUCCGAGGAUUCCGCCGAGCCCCUGGUCCACCCGAGACCUCAGGGGGGAAGAGAAGCAGCUGCCUUGUCAGGUUUGCCUCACACCAGCAUGCUCCCCCCAUUGUCCACUGUCCCACCAGGGAUGUCCUUGGGCACUGUCCUCCCAUCUUGGCCACUGCGGGUAGCGACCCCUUCCAUUCCAAAGCAGCCUUCCCCGAAGGCAGACGCUUCUCCAUCUCCAUCUUCUUCAUUGGCUCCCAGCUCGCCUCAUUCCAUCCUCUUUCCUAAGCCAGCACAGCCACCCACCAAAGUGCCUGUAUUCCGCCAAACAGCUCCAACAGACCCCUCCUCAAGUCAGAGCAUAGCUAAUCCCCUACAUCCACUUGCCAAGGAAAUGAAUGGCUCACCCCCAAAUGCCCAGGAUUUAGUGAGCAUCCCUCAUCUAGGUCUUUCUGGAUCCUCAGCCCCAGCAGAGGGCUCUCAUGCUGCAGGCUCCCCCACACCUGAGUUUUUGAGCUCCGUGGCAGACCUGGCCCCCCUGUCUCCCCCUCCCCUGGCACCUGGAAGUCUUCUUCCGCUUCCAGGAGGAACCCCCUCAUCAUGGAUGUCAGAGAUGGCUCCCAGUCCUGCAUCCACCCAGCUGAGUGAAGCUGAGGUGCCUGCAAGAGCCCAUAAAGCAGCGUCUCUGCUGGCCUUUAGGAGCACAGUGACCCGCAGGGCUGCGUCUUCACCGGUCCAGACUGCAGCAUCAGUGGUCGUGGAAGUGACCGGCAGAACGUCAGUCCCCACGGCUGCACAUGACUCCUUUCACUCCCUGCAUUUGUCAGCAGCUCCAGAGAAUUCCGGAGGGCCCGCCCUCUCAGCAGAACACACGUCUUCCCCCCUGGUGCCUUCUCCUCUGCCUCGGGCCACAGCCCGCCCAGAGCAAGAAAGCCUUUCUGGGGCGGUUCUCGCAUCACCAUCCAGCAGCUCUGCGGCAGACUUCCCCUCCACGCCUGCUCUCCUCCAGCCGGCACACAGUCAGGCCUCUCCACCGGCCCUACCCCCAAUGCCAGCUCCCCAAGAAGCAGGCCAAGAUGCAUCUCCUCCUGCCGCAGCUACAGACUUCCUCCUCUCGAGCCCAUUUCCAAAUCUUCCUUCGACGACUGGGACAUUUUCCCCGCAGGAAGAAGAUAGCGUGACAGCUAUUUUAAAGAACAGCAAAAAGGCAGCUUUGACAGUUGCUCUCCAGACCCUCCCAAGUCAAGAGGGUCCAAGUCUGCGCUCUGAAAGUGGAUUCGCCUCCGAUUUGAGCACGGAUCAUGUUUCUAGAGACAUCACACCACCAAGAAGAAACCUCCUUCCUUCAGCGGUACGUCCAUCUUCCCUCCCCUUGGCACAAGCCCCCCAGACUGUUUCCGCAUCCCUUAGCUUUUCCAGCCCCAAGCCAGAGACUCACACAGCUGCGAUGGACCGUUCUCAGUGGCCAGUUUCAGCUUCCAAACAGGGGACAGCAUUUCCCUCCUCCAGUGAAGUCUCUGAUUUCUCCACAAUGGGAGACACAAAGAAGCCAGCAAUCACAGAUGUUUCCUGGAGUUCGCUUUCAGCACAAGCCGGCUCCCUUCCCGCAGAACUAACGAUGUCUGAUGUGCUCCAGCAAACAAAUUAUGAUGUACGUGGGCACACAAUCAACUCCACAAGUUGGGGAACUCACUCAGCUUCAGUCACUCCUCCCAGUGGUUUAAAUUCCUCUGUCAAUACAAUAAAAUUUCAGGAUUUCAAAGAUAAUGUUGUGCAUUCAGUGACUGCAGGAGGCUUGAGCUUUCAGGAUCCAGACUCUGGUACAAGCACCAGCCAGGCUGUUCAACAGUCAGAUGCUUCCACGGUUGGAAACCAUACAGACUUCUUGUCCGUAAGCACUGACAGCCGUUCCAGAGACUUUCAAACGGCUGGGGUGGAAGAAUCUGGGUCUCAUCCCCAUCUGCAGCUGCCUGCCCACCCAGCACAUCCUCUUUUGCUAACGUCUCCGAGUCUGACUUCCGCAGCAAGCUGGCGGGAGAUGCUUUCAGAUGGAAUGGAUCCAAGUUUCCAAAUUUCUGGUGACAUCUCUCCAUCUCUGGAGAUAAAUGCUUCCACACCAUUCCAGAACAUCCCGAGACACCACUCUGCUGCUGAAUCUCCUCCUCUCUCCUCCAGUGCCUUAUUCAGAACCCCAUCCAAAGCACUACUGGCUUCUCAGCGCCCUGAGAAAUGGACAGUGGACGCCUCGGUGUCGCCCAGGGCAGAACCAACAACAACAGCAGCAACCACGUUGUUUCUUCGGAAAUCAAGUCCACCAGUGCUGUCUGCAGCCCUGGUUGCUAAGGGACCUGGCAGCAGCCCUUCGGCUGUGGCCUCGGCAUUAGUCAAGAGCAGCUGGACCACUACUCUAGCUAGAAAUGUCACAAACAACGCAGCACCUGGGCCAAAGUCUACCCCAGGGGCAGCCCAUCCGGCCUUCUCAUUCACGCCGACCUAUAUGUAUGCAAGAACGGCACACGCCGUGAGCACUCACACAGCCAUGCAAGCGGACAUGGGCGCUGCCUCCGGCCUGUUAUCCACAACACACCUCCCCAGGAAACCACAAGCCAUGCACACGGGCUUCCCAAACCCCACCAACCCAGACACGCCCAGGACGUCCACCGCACGCCCACUGACAAUCACCGCAGCUCUGACGUCCAUCACCGCACCAGUAAGGGCCACCCGGAUGCCGCCUUCAUCCGCAGAAAACACAGAUGCUGCUCUCCAGGCUGCAUCCACGGCUAUGGUCACAACUGGCAAAGUGGCAUCCAACCUGGAAUGUCAAAUGUCCAGUAAGCUCCUGGUGAAGACAGUUCUCUUUCUGACCCAAAGGAGGGUGCAGGUCGGUGAAACCUUGAAGCUCAGCGUGGCCAAAGGGCUCACACAGGCAUUGCGGAAGGCGUUCCACCAGAAUGACAUUCUGGCUCACGUGGACAUUCUGGAACAUUCUCACAACGUCACAGUUGGUUAUUAUGCUACCAAAGGGAGGCUGGUGUACUUGCCUACUGUAGUGAUCGAAACGCUGGGCGUUUAUGGGGUCAGCAACGUCACUGCAGAUCUGAAGCAGCACACCCCAAGCUUGCAAUCUGUGGCUCUACUUGCUGCCCCGUGGAACCUCCAGCCUGCAGGCUACUUCCAGCUGAAAACAGUGCUACAGUUUGUGAGCCAAUCCGACAAUAUACAGUCCUGCAAGUUUGCCCAGACAAUGGAACAGAGGCUACAGAGGGCCUUCCAGGAUGCUGAGAGGAAAGUUCUGAAUACCAAAAGCAACCUGACCAUUCAGAUGGUGAGCACGUCCAACGCCUCCCAGACCGUCACCUUGGUGUAUGUGGUGGGCAAUCAGAGCUCCUUCCUCAACGGCACGGUGGCCAGCAGCCUCCUCCGCCAGCUCUCAGCUGAGCUGGUGGGGUUCUACCUCACCUACCCGCCGCUCACCAUCGCUGAACCGCUGGAAUAUCCCAACCUUGAUAUAUCGGAAACAACCAGAGACUAUUGGGUAAUUACAGUGCUGCAGGGUGUGGACAAUUCCCUGAUGGGCCUGCAUAACCAGAGCUUCGCCCGUGUCAUGGAGCAGCGCCUGGCCCAGCUGUUCAUGAUGUCCCAGCAACAAGGCCGGAGGUUUAAACGGGCCACCACCCUGGGCAGCUACACCGUGCAGAUGGUAAAGAUGCAGCGGGUGCCGGGACCCAAGGACCCUGCGGAGCUGACCUACUACACCCUCUACAACGGGAAGCCUUUGCUGGGGACCGCAGCGGCCAAGAUCCUGAGCACCAUUGACUCCCAAAGGAUGGCCUUGACCCUGCAUCACGUUGUCCUUCUGCAAGCCGACCCCGUGGUUAAGAACCCACCCAACAACCUGUGGAUCAUCGCCGCGGUGCUGGCGCCCAUCGCCGUGGUCACGGUCAUCAUCAUUAUCAUCACCGCCGUGCUCUGCCGGAAGAACAAGAACGACUUCAAGCCGGACACCAUGAUGAACCUGCCUCAGAGGGCGAAGCCUGUGCAAGGCUUUGAUUAUGCCAAGCAGCACCUGGGCCAGCAAGGCGCGGACGAGGAGGUCAUCCCCGUGACGCAGGAAACGGUGGUCCUCCCGCUGCCCGUCAGAGACGCUCCUGCCUCUCAGGAAAGGGACGCCCCGCCGGAUGGAAGCACCAUCAAGACGGCCAGGUCCAUCGAAACCAGAAAGAGCAGGUCGCCCAGUGAGAAUGGCUCUGUCAUCAGCAACGAAUCAGGGAAGCCCAGCUCCGGGAGGCGCUCGCCCCAGAAUGUAAUGGCCCAGCAGAAAGUGACAAAGGAGGAGGCUCGGAAGAGAAACGUGCCAGCGAGUGAUGAAGAGGAGGGAGCCGUUCUCUUUGACAACUCUGGCAAGGCGGCUGCCGAUCCCUUUGACACAUCUUCUGGGUCUGUGCAGCUCAUCGGAAUAAAACCCACGGCCCUCCCUGUGGUGCACCCCACCUCGGACAGGAGCCAGGAGCCGGCAGCCCUCAAUGGCGAGGUGAACAAAGCCCUGAAGCAGAAGUCAGACAUUGAGCACUAUCGGAACAAGCUGCGCCUCAAAGCCAAGAGGAAGGGGUACUACGACUUCCCCGCCGGGGAGGCGAACAAGGCUCAGACAGAAAGGAAGAAGAUGUACGAGAAAGCCCCAAAGGAAAUCGAGCAUGUUUUGGAUCCAGACCCAGAACUGUGUGCCCCAUUCGCUGAGGCUAAAACCAGGCAACAGAUGAAGAACUCUGUCUACCGAAGCCGGCAGUCUCUGAAUAGCCCGAGUCCAGGGGAAACGGAGAUGGACCUUCUGGUGACUCGAGAGCGACCCCGACGUGGAAUCCGUAACAGUGGAUACGAUACUGAGCCUGAAAUCAUAGAGGAAACCAACAUUGACAGAGUGAACGAGCCCCGGGGCUAUGCCCGGCCGAGGCAGGUGAAAGGCCACUCGGAGACGUCCACGCUGAGCUCGCAGCCCUCCAUCGACGAGGUCCGGCAGCAGAUGCAUAUGCUGCUGGAGGAGGCCUUCAGCCUGGCAUCUGCGGGCCACGCGGGCCAGAGCCGGCACCAGGAGGCCUACGGCUCCGCCCAGCACCUGCCCUACUCCGAGGUGGUGACCAGCGCUCCGGGGACCAUGACGCGGCCCAGGGCUGGGGUGCAGUGGGUGCCCACCUACCGCCCGGAAAUGUACCAGUACAGUCUGCCCCGGCCGGCCUACAGGUUCUCCCAGCUUCCUGAGAUGGUCAUGGGCUCGCCCCCUCCGCCUGUACCUCCGAGGACUGGCCCUGUGGCCGUCGCUUCUCUCAGGCGGUCCACCUCGGACGUCGGCAGCAAGACCAGGAUGGCCGAGUCCGCGGGGCCUGAGCCCGCCCAGCUGCACGACAGUGCCUCCUUCGCGCAGGUGUCCCGAGGCCCCGUGUCCGUGGCGCAGUUGGAUCAGUCGGCUUUAAAUUACUCAGGUAAUACGGUGCCGGCAGUGUUCGCCAUCCCAGCUGCCAACAGACCCGGCUUCACCGGCUACUUCAUCCCCACGCCGCCCUCGUCCUACAGGAACCAGGCCUGGAUGUCCUACGCAGGAGAGAACGAGCUCCCGAGCCAGUGGGCCGAUUCGGUCCCCCUCCCCGGCUACAUCGAGGCUUACCCCCGGUCCCGGUAUCAGCAGAACUCGCCGUCCAGGCUCCCGCGCCAGUACAGCCAGCCGGCUGGCCUGCACCCCAGCCUGGAGCAGGCCCCAGUGCCCUCGACAGCCGCCUCACAGCAGAGCCUGGCGGAGAACGACCCGUCCGACACGCCCCUGACCAAUAUCUCCACGGCGGCCCUGGUCAAGGCCAUCCGGGAAGAGGUGGCCAAGCUGGCCAAGAAACAAACAGACAUGUUCGAGUUCCAGGUCUGAUGCCUUAGCCCCGUGGGACUUCCAGACUCUGCGGAACCGUCUUGGGCUUUGUCCAGCCUGGCACGGUGGGACUGGAGACACGGUGCGUGAGUCUUUCCUGAAAAAGGUGAACAGUGCAGCUUCUGGGGAACAGGAAACUCUCGACCGACUGGAUUCUCAGCUUAUUCAACUGACCGUAUGUCAAGUCCCCAGAUGGGACCAUAUGUUCGAUACCCUUGUAUUACAUGUUUGAACUGUGGGUGCAUUUCCCUAUGGAGCCUUAGUCACAAGAGAGACUCUCUCAUCUGCAGAUUCCUGUCCCACAUUUUAAUAAAGCCCCACAAGGGGGAGAACAGAGCUCUGUCUUCGGUGACCUCUGCAUGUUACCUGUUUCUGUGUUCAAGGCAAAGCCGGCCUGUGAUUAAGCACCAGUCUGUACUCUCUCUCCUGCAGCCAGGACCGUAAUCGGCCAGUCUCCAAGGGAGACCCUGCCUCCAGCCAAGAAACCCGAGCCCUUUUCUUUGAAAGGUUCAUAUUCAAAGUCAGAUAAAUUGGAUGAAAAUCGGUACUGUCAUUGACUAUGCCUAUAAAUGGUCCUGACCCUUUCCCACCCUGUCCCUGCCCCCAUUGAUUCAAGAAAGAGACGGGGAGAGGCAAUGGUGGAUUUGCGUUGACAGGCUUUUGAAAAGGUGUUGGCAUUUUGGCAACAGGGUAUUCUACAAGUGGGGCUCCAGCUGAAAAAGAAUAGGUGCUAAGAGUUUUCAGGAUCCUACAAAAGAAAAACAGCUUCUCUUUGCUCUGCAGUGAAGGUGGCCUGAGAAUGAAACUUCUGUCUUUUGGGGGAUAAUAGAUAUAUCAACUCGUACAAGAAAACCUCUGUCUCUUCAGCAGUGCUGUCCUGCCCAGUGACACAAAAGGAAAGAGUCAUCCAUGCCUGUUAGAAGCAGGAAUGGUAGAUCCCAUCUCCCCAGGCUGGAGCCUCUGUUGAUAGAAGCUUCUGAAUGUAAAAAGCUGUUGACUUACCAUUUCCAUGUAAAUAAUAUUUUAAAAGGUGUAUGGAGUUAGCUAGUCCCUCCCACCCCACCCCCUAUAGUUAGUAGCCUCUGAGGACAUUUGCCAAAAACAUCGGGGGCUUCUGACCUUGUGACUGUGAGGAUGCAAAUCAGCCUCCCUGGUGGUGAGUGGCCUCCAGAGCUCUGAGUGGACACCGCCUCGCAGUCCCAAGGCACCAGCUGCUGCCCCUAAACGCAAAAGCAAAGCAGCUACUGACUUCAGGUCGCCCAGGGGAGGGGACACCCUGGCUUCCUCCCCAACCUUGGGAGCUGUGCUUAACAUCGGGGGCUUACUUGGUGUCUGUUGGAGCGUGAGGUCCUGUUCUGCCUUCACCCAUGAUCCAUCCAGCUUCAGCUUGUGGCCAUCCCCUCUGAGCCCAUCUUUCCAUUCUCCUCAUGAGUUUCUUUGGUCUUUAUUGAGAGAAAGUGAAAAUUUAAAACCUGAGAGAAGAGUAGGAAUGGAACUGAUUCGGGUGGGAGAGUCCAACUGUCAAAGCACAGACUUUUCAAAGAAGCUGUUUUUAUUUCCCAAUGGCAAAUUGCCCUUUCUGGAAUAUUCCAGAGACAAUGUAUCAUGGAAUCCCCAAGCGAGUCUCUUGUUCGGAUGAUCCUAGGUAGUGUCCUUUUGGUAUGCUGGUUGAUCUUUGAUAGUGUUAGUUUUUUGUUACUUUAAAAAAAAAAUCAGCUAUAAAUAAAAUGUAUUUUUGUAAUUUCCAUGUGUAUAUAUGGUAUAUUUCUACCAAUGGCCAGUCGUUGUAGUCCAAAAGCUAAAUCAGUUUGCAAAACACUGUGGACAGUGCAAGAUUUUAUUGAUAGGUUAACACAAUGUCUAAGUCAAUCCAAAUAGGUAUUCAGUGCACUUGAAUGAACAAAGAGCCAAAGAAACUCAGCCUUUUCAUGCAAAUGGUAUGAGUCUGAUAAAGUCAGCUACAUUGUCCCGCCUUAUCAAUGAUAUUAAUAUUUCAUCAGUGCAAUGAUGUCAACCCAGUACUUUGUCUACUUGGUACAUGCCUGGAAAUACUGUAUGUAAAAAUGAGGUUUCAAGACCUUAGUGUAAUUAAAAUACGCACAUGCUUCGAAGACAGUGUCUGCACUUUGGAUGUCCCAGUGACUCACAGGGGAGGAGUCCCAGCAUGCGGUGGUCCAGCCCCAGCUUGCUAAGAGGAUGGAGAAAAAUCAUGGUGGUCUUUGCAGAACCCCAUGACAUACCGAGUCAGUCAGGGGACAUGACGAAAACCCAGCAUGCUAAUCAGACAGUCUGUUAAAGUAGACACCACAGGUUUACGAGCAGUAUGUGGGAGGAAAACCUUAGGUUGGGAAGAAAUCCAUUGGCUCAUGUUGCGCCCCCAGUGCAAAGAUGGCCGCCAUCGUUGGCUAUUCUGUGACUAAGAUGUGCUCCCUUUUCUGAAGAGUCUCCUGACCUCAUGGAGGGGCCAGAUAGCUGGAGAGCUGACUUGGAGAAAAGGCAGAUGCUCAGAUGUGCCCUGUGGAAAUGAAUAUAGAUUUCCCUGGGUGCCCAGAGGGUCUGUGUUCCUCAUGACCUUCUGGACAGUUAAAGAAGCCACAGAGGACCCUGGUGCCCUCGGAGAAAGAAGCAAAAGUCCAGAGAAGUGGGGCGACCUGCCCGAGGCCUCCAGCCCAUGAACCGGCUUGCUUUCCAUUUCACCAUGCUGCCUGCACGCUUAUCUGUGACGCGCUUCUCGAACUGUGCUGGGAAGUUAAAAGAAGGAGACAAGGGUCGUAGGAGGGAUUUCCUACGUUCUUCUGAAGAAAAAAGAUGAUUGACGCUGUACGCACCUUCCGAUGAAGUGUAUACAGGACAAUGCAUUUGUGGCAUAAUAAACAUUUUUCAGAACUA